CAUUCCUCUCUAUUCCAUUAUCCUUAUGCUACAUUAACACUGGAUCAAUCUAAAUGCACCCUUCUUUGUUUCAACAACUAGACAUAAGCAAAACGCACCGUUUUUGUUGGUCUUUCAUCGUUCCUAACUACACAGCACAGUAGGAAGUGGUACCCUAAAACCCAGCCAGCCACACUAUCGAAGCCAAACACUCAUCGCAGAAAUUCCUUGCAAAGAUGAAGGUCGUUGCACUUGUUAGCGGCGGCAAAGACAGUUGCUACGCCAUGAUGAAGUCUAUUCAAUAUGGCCACCAGAUUGUUGCGUUGGCGAAUUUGAUGCCGGUUGACGAUUCCGUCGACGAGCUUGAUAGUUACAUGUUUCAAACGGUUGGGCAUCAAAUUAUCAUCAACUAUGCCGAAUGUAUGGGAUUGCCAUUGUUUAGGAGGCGAAUACAAGGAUCCUCAAGGCAUCUAGAGCUUGGCUACAAAACAACUCAAGGUGAUGAAGUUGAAGAUAUGUAUAUUUUAUUACGCGAAGUGAAAAGGCAGAUACCCUCAGUUACUGCUGUGUGUUCUGGAGCCAUUGCAUCUGACUAUCAGAGACUGCGGGUGGAAAGUGUAUGUUCAAGGUUAGGCCUUGUUUCUCUUGCGUACUUAUGGAAACAAGACCAGUCCUUGCUCCUCCAUGAAAUGAUUUCAAAUGGAAUAGUAGCUAUAACUGUGAAGGUAGCUGCCAUGGGUUUGGAUCCUGCGAAGCACUUGGGUAAAGAAUUAGCCAUGUUAAAUGCUUAUUUGCAUAAAUUGAAAGAGGCAUAUGGAAUCAAUGUUUGUGGUGAAGGAGGGGAGUAUGAAACAUUGACCCUAGAUUGCCCGCUCUUUAUUAAUGCUCGCAUUGUGCUUGACAAAUAUCAAGUUGUGAUGCACUCUUCAGACUCCAUAGCUCCCGUGGGAGUCCUUCAUCCCUUGGCAUUUCAUUUGGAAAAUAAGGCAGACAUUCAGUCUUUAAAAACAGUAGACAAAAUACAUGAGGGUCGUAUGCAGAAACGAGGACCUGUGUUCGAAGUGCAUGAUAGUCUAGAAAGAUUGGAAGCCACAUGCAAGCCUCUUGAUUCCGCUGAUCAAAUCGAUGGCGUAGAACAUAAAUUUAAGAUUUCAAGAACAAAUAACAAGAGCACGUUCUCCAUAGGUUGCUGGUUGCAAGAUUCAUGCAAUGCAGGUUUGCGGGAGGAUUUAACAAUUGUUUUGAGAAAAAUUGAAUCACAACUAGAAGGCUUUGGUUUUGGCUGGGAGAAUGUUCUCUAUAUUCAUCUUUACAUUGAUGACAUGAAUAAGUUCUCCGAGGCAAAUGAAACAUAUGUGAAGUUUAUAACACAUGAGAAGUGCCCAUUUGGCGUCCCAUCCCGUAGUACAGUUGAAAUGCCUCUAGUUGAAAUGGAUUUUAGUAGAGCAUAUAUGGAGGUUUUGGUAUCGAAUAAUAAAGAUAAAAAGGUUUUGCAUGUACAAAGUAUUUCCUGUUGGGCACCUAGUUGCAUUGGGCCAUACAGCCAGGCAACCUUACAUGAGGGUAUACUUCUCAUGGCUGGUCAACUGGGGCUUGACCCUCCUACAAUGAAUCUUUGCAGUGGGGGCCCUGGGGUUGAACAUGAACAGGCACUAAAAAACAGUGAAGCAAUAGCAAAAUCUUUUAAUUGUUCAAUAUCGACAUCUGCAAUUGCUUUUGUUAUUUACUGUUCUAAAAACAUCUCUUCAUUGGAUAGACUCGAUAUCGAGAAGAAACAAGAAACAAUCCUCAGACAAAUGAAGAUAUCUGAUUUACAGGAAGGCAAGAAGUACAAAGCAUUAGAACCCAUAACCCUUUAUGUCCUUGUUUCUGAUCUACCUAAAAGAGCUUUUGUAGAAGUGAAGCCUAUUCUUUAUGUCGAGGAUGGCGCAGAUGCAGCAAUUGAGACCAUAACAGAGAAACCUUGUUCAAAGGCAUCAUGUUAUUGGGGUUUCAAGCAGGAAAAUUGGCAUGAUUCUUGCAUUCAGAAAUGUGUGAUUCCUGGAAAGAUAUGUGCCAUUAUAUUAUCUAUCACAAGCGAGCUUGCUGCAAAGAUAUGUUCUGAUUCUCUGCCGGCUGAUUAUGUCAAUGAUAAUAGUCAACAUUCUCUAUCUAAAGGACAUAUGGAGCAGUUAUCAAAAUUCUGCAUUUAUCUUCUUGACAAAGCUAUAACAGAUAACAACUUCGCCUGGGAAGAUAUACUGAGUUUGAGGUUCUACAUCCCGGUAAGCCUUCAAAUGUCAGUCGAGCUAAUACAAUCUAUGUUCAGCAAUGCACUUUUUGAACUCUCUGAAAUGAAUCAAAGGAAAGUUAAAAAUUGUGAGGAGCCGAUCUUCAACAUAGUUCCCGUCAUAGGUGCUGGGUGGUCUGCUUCAUCCAUGGAUGAUGUAGUGACCUGCGAAUUACUAGCUCGAAAAUCCUGAGUAUAUUAGGUUGAUGCAGAAGGUUUUUCUUUUCUCAGAAUUUGGAUUAACUUUAUUUUUUUAAUUAAAAAAAUUCAAAUAGGAUUCACAGGGAUAGAUUGGUGCCAGUGAUUAGGAUGGAAUGGGAUUUUACUCGUUAAGCCAUUUAGGUUCUGUUGCAGUCUUGGUGGUGCUUGAACAAACUUUGGCAGAACAGACUAUACAGAGAUCUUCCUCAAGGUUUGAUAAAAUUCCGGAGCUGCCCUUUUAAUUUUUUGAAUUACAUAGUCUUCAAUAUUUCAGAUAAGGAAGUGGUAAUUUUAUCAAAUUUCAGAGAUCUAUAUAAUUUGUUAAAAAUGUAAUUUAUAUAGGUAGAUAUACUAUAAACCCAAACUGGUGGUUUGUUUUUGGUUAAUCUUAUAAUGAGAUGUUUUUCACCCA